AUGCCCCCGCGCCGCUUCACGGGCGGCCUCGAUUCUUCCUUCUACAAGAAACUCGCCGUCGUCAGCUUCACGACGGGCUGCUUCUUCGAGGUAUUGUUUCAGCAGAGCGGGGCCUACGAGGCGCUCGACCGCAUCACCGAGGGCCACCGCAUCGAGAGCGAGGAGUUCAUCGAGGAGGUCCGCGCAGACUACUACCAGAAGCACCCCGAACGUGUUGCUAAGCACGAGCAGAAGCGGCAACGCCACGACGACGCCAAAUCGGCGUGA